CGAUCAUAUAGACCCGGCGCAUAUCGAACGCUCCUCCCGCAAAACCCUAAUAAAUCUUCAGUUUCACAAUUAACUCCGCUCAAUUCCCCCAUUUUCUCCAAUUUCUCCUCCAAAUUCUCGAAGAUUUAGAGCCAUGGAAAGUCGCAUAGUACUGGACGAGAGUAAAUUUGAGCAGAAGCUUCAGCUAUGGGCGCUUCGGAUCCCACGCGAGCUCUCCAGCUCCGUCACUCGCCUCCUUCAUGGCUGCUUGCUAGAUAAGCCUCGUAUCAAACCCAUAACUGAAGAUCCGGACUGUGAGAAAAAUCGCCUCGCCGUAUUAUCUGAAAGGAUCCAAAACCCUGAUUUAUCUGAGAUCCCUGAUGAAAAGCUGGAUUCACUGAAGAAGUUGUGCAAUUUCGAAGCAGUUCCCUAUUCAUUGACACUUGGGUACUCUUACUGGAGUGCAGACCAUAUUUUGAAGAAAAUUCUGCCUGCAGGAGUGGAAGUGCCUUCUUCUUUUGAAACAAUAGGCCAUAUUGCUCAUCUAAAUAUAUCUGAUGAAUUGCUUCUUUACAAGGAUGUCAUAGCAAAGGUUAUCUAUGAUAAGAAUCACCCUAGAAUCCAAACAGUGGUAAAUAAAGUUGGAACUAUCACAAACGAAUUCCGAGUGCCAAAAUUUGAAAUUUUAGCAGGAAAAGAUGAUAUGGUCACUGAGGUUAAGCAGUAUGGUGCUACUUUCAGACUUAAUUAUGGUUUGGUCUACUGGAACUCGAGACUCGAGCAUGAGCACAUACGGCUGGUUUCCCUUUUCCAGAAAGGAGAUAGUAUUUGCGACAUGUUUGCUGGAAUUGGUCCCUUCUCAAUUCCAGCUGCACAGAAAGGAUGCACUGUGUAUGCAAAUGAUUUAAAUCCUGAUAGUGUCCAUUAUUUAAGAACAAAUGCAAAGAUAAAUAAGGUGGAGGACCAUGUUAUUCCAUAUAACAUGGAUGCUAGAGCAUUCAUUCGUCACUUGGUGGUACCGACUGAUUCGGAGAUGGAAGUAGAGUCUCAAUGUGCUACUAUUAGAGGAAGUAAGGGAAACACAUUACAACCUAAUGAAGAAUCAGCUAUGGAAAAAGGAACUCUAGAUGAUGCUGGAGACAGUGAAAAAUGUGUGAAUGGUUCAUCUACCAUUGCCGCUAAGAGACGAGCAGAGAUCUCCAGUGAAGAUGGCGGCACUGAAAAUAAUGACUUAAAUGCAACGACCAAGAGACACAGAAACACUAACAAGAGAGUACGUGGCUGUGUACCAUCUUCUCUCAAGCCCUGGGAACAUUUUGAUCACAUGAUAAUGAAUCUUCCUGCUUCUGCUCUGCAAUUUCUUGAUGUUUUCCAUGGUCUUCUCCGGAAGAAACACUGGAAGGGGCUUUUACCUUGGAUACACUGCUACUGUUUCAUGCGUUCAAAUGAAACGAAAGAAUCUAUACUCGCUGAUGCAGAGUCGACUUUAAAUGCCAAAAUAGCAGACCCAAUUUUUCAUAGGGUUCGAGAUGUUGCGCCCAACAAGGCUAUGUAUUGUUUGAGCUUCAGGCUGCCCGAAGAAUGUUUUAAGGAGGAAUCGCAAGGUUUGAUGCUAUCCGCUGAUACCAAGUCAUAGUGUCACAGAAAUAGAACCCCGUCGCCUACUUAUUGUGCUUUUCUGAGCGACUCGUGAAGCUACACUUCCCUCUACAGGUACUCAAUUGGCAUUGCACCUUUUCUUCACUUAAUUUAAUUCUGAACAUUUGGUUGUCAGGAAUCUUGCAUUUCAAAUACAGCUACCUAUACUCUCAUUGCUGAUUAAAAUGAAGAUGGGUGAUAAAAAGAUGUGUGAUGGUUUUUCAUUUUAACCGCACAAAUUGGUUUCUUUCAUGGUACUUGGGAGACAAAAAGGAUCUGCAAUAAUGUGUCACGAUGAGUUUUUGGUUCUAUUUACAAUUGCAUUUUUGUUAAUCCCUAUAUUUAUAUGAUUGUCAAAAUGAAAGAUGAAUCCAUUGUUAUGUAUUGUACAACUACAGCAAGAAUUCAAAUCCUAGUUACCUUUUCUACAUUAGCAAA